AUGAAAGAAUAUGGACUGGCUUCAUUUGAAUGUUUUAUUUAUUUAUUUUUAUUUCACCUUGAUUCAGUUAUUACAGUUCUUGGACUUGAGGAAAGCAAAGAAUGUGUUAUAGUUGGAACUAUCUACAAGCACAUGAAGCUCAAGCCUUGCAUACUAGAUGAAUACUCUAAGGAGAGGACUGCGGUUCCACUUGUCAAACCUCAUAACUUUUUGCAUCCAGAUGAUCAACUUAUCUUGGAAGAUGAGAUAGGAAGAGUUAAACUGAGAGGAAGUUUGCUUAACCCUACAGAUUUUGUGACAGGAAUUGGUCUGGCUCUUCAUGGAAUGAAAACAAUUGAGGGCGAUUUUUUGGUUCAAGAUCUUUUGGAAGCUGGCUUUCCCCCACAAACUAAGCUUCCACGCUUAGGUAUGAGUCAUUCUUUCUUUCAUUGCAUGCUAUUUUAUGUCCACAUAUUAUAA